AUGGCGACCACGUCAGCCCGCCCCCUCGCGGUUCCGACCAAGCCGAGUCAACUCCUGCACCCCUCAUCGGCCGGUUCCCCGCAUUUGCCACCGCCCACUCCGUCAUACCACUCGGCCUCUUCUCUCGGCAGCCACGACACGAUGGAUACUCUCGAGCUUACACCUGGUGUUGGUCUGGGGCCAUUCUCGUUGGGUGAUAGCCUGUGGCAUGUCCUCGACCUCCUACGCUCGCGUAAGACAGAGGCACCCAAAGUCGACGUGUCGUGGGACCCAGAUAACUCGCCCACAACCUCUGUUACCGUACAUGCAGGUCCACUGGCCCUCCUCUUCCCAUCUCCCGCCCAGCGGCUCGCACACAUUGUCGUCACCGAUCUCGCGGACGUCACGCUCACUUAUGAGGGGACUGUGCUGUCCUCACCCACGUGCGCGUUCACCCGCGCCGGCGUCGCGUACGCCCUCGGACCCACGUUUAGCGAUGGCACCCAGCGACUCGCCUAUCCCGGGUUGGUGCUCGAGGCUGCCGGUGGCGACCGCGAUGACCGCGUCACGAGUGUCAGUAUCAUGGCACGCGAUGGCGAGGAGCCUGUCGGCGAGGACGGGUUGCGUAGGUGUUCCAUCAAGCCGGGACACGGCGCGACGCUCACUUUCGCGCACGAUGUGAAUAUCAUGCUCGGGGAGACGACCGCACAGGACGUACUCCUCGACCUCGGGCCACCCCUGCGCAAGUACUGGCGCGAGGACGACCGGUUAGACCGUGUGUGGGGCCCACCCCGCCGUGUGCCUCCAGGGCAUGACGCGACAUCGCCCAGCGCCUGCUUCUGGAACUACCUGCAAUACGGACUCGAUCUGCUCGUCGUCGAUGGAAUUGUCACAAAGCUCGUCGCGUACUCGAACAUUCCCGGCACGCCCAUGUUCCAGCAGUACGCGCGCUGCCCGUGGGAGGUGGAAACGGGUGAUAACCCGCUUGACUUGACUGCGCCGCUGUCUUCUUUCCGGAUCGAACUCGGAUCCGCGCCCCUCGCGGCUAACGGAGAAUCACCUGCACCAAAGCAAAAGAAGAAGAAGGGAGGGGAGACGGCAGACACAGACCCACCAGCGCCCGACUCGGACGCCAUGGUCCUCGACCGCUCGGUUGAGGGCGGGCUGGAGGGUGUCGUGGGUCUCAGCCGCUCACAGCUCGUGGGGUUCGAUGGCCUCGUGCUGGAGGUUGAUGAGGGCAGUGGGGGGAUUGCGUCUGUGCAGAUCUUCCGGGCAGGUGUGUAG